AUGAACCAGAUGCAAGAACCACAGGGUCCAAACCCUUUGGGACCAGUUGACCACUAUCCUGAAAUGCAGGACAUGGAGAUGGACGAAGAUCCCGAUCCGAAAAUGCCACCAUCUGGGACACCCACGCAUCCCAUUGAGAUAUCCAGUGGAUCAUCCUUCCAUGGUUCGCCUUACAAGGGCCCUGACAUUUUUGCUGAAAGAUGGGCCACAUAUAAGUGGGAGUACACUCCCCCUCACCACAACUCACCACCACACCAACAGGUCCCUUCUGAGGAUCCGCAUUUUCAGGCGGUCACGCCACCGCCACCACCACAGCCAGAACAACAACUGCCUCCAGAACCACCGAGGCGAAGAAGAACAGGUGCACGGAUGUCCGUGCGUGGGGGUUUCCACUUCAGCACCCCCCAACACUCAAGCAAUAGCAACUACCCGCCGUUGUACAAAUACCCGCAAAUGGGUAGGCCUUCAAACCCAGUUUCUGAAGUUGACUCUGCACCAGUCGAACCAGCACCACAAAUGGGUUAUGAUAACCCAAUUCCUUCAUACCCAGGUGCAGCUGGGUAUAACCCUUUUGAACAGCCAGCUUAUUCUGGUUAUAAUUACAACAAUGCCCCUACCAUUAACCCAUACCUCGAGGCAGCCAACUACAAUGCUCUCUACCCUAGACCCUUUCCAGCUACGUACCCAACUGGGUACCCCGCAUAUGGGUAUCAAUACCCACCACCUCCUCAACCUCAGCAGCAGCAGCAGCCGCAGCCGCCACAGAUUCAACCACCGUAG